CAGAGGCUCUGAGCCAAAAGCUAUGGCUUCUGGUGGGGAGCUGAACCCAUGUGCUCAGUUGCUAGGCAUAUGGAGAGCAUCAUGCUCUUCACCUUGCUGGGACUGUGUGUGGGGCUGGCAGCUGGCACAGAGGCUGCAGUGGUGAAGGACUUCGACGUAAACAAGUUUUUAGGCUUCUGGUAUGAAAUUGCCCUUGCCUCCAAGAUGGGUGCAUACGGCUUGGCACACAAGGAGGAGAAGAUGGGAGCCAUGGUGGUUGAGCUGAAAGAGAACCUUCUGGCUCUGACCACCACCUAUUACAAUGAGGGCCACUGUGUGCUGGAGAAGGUUGCAGCCACUCAGGUGGACGGUUCAGCGAAGUACAAGGUCACCAGAAUAUCAGGAGAGAAAGAAGUUGUUGUUGUAGCCACAGACUACAUGACGUAUACUGUGAUUGAUAUCACCUCUCUGGUGGCCGGGGCAGUACAUCGAGCCAUGAAACUGUACAGCCGGAGCUUGGACAACAAUGGGGAAGCUCUGAAUAAUUUCCAGAAGAUAGCCUUGAAGCAUGGGUUUUCAGAAACAGACAUACACAUUCUCAAGCAUGACUUAACCUGUGUGAACGCAUUGCAAUCGAUAUGACUCAUUUUUCAGAUAUAGAAAUCAAGGCUUUGCCAAAGCCAGGCAGCUGAGACAACAGGACCCUAGCCUGUGACCCUGGCCAGUGAGUGCCUCAGAUCCGUGGAGGCCACACAUGGCUCUGAGCUUGGUUCUUCUACCUGCAGGGACAGAUCUGAGGAGAAAGCAAUAUCUCUGCCUACCUGGCCUCUCCUGCCCCUACCCAAGGGGUCCCUGCACCUGUGUGAAAUAAAGCUUGCUGCAACAUGAUGCCCAGCAUCUUUCCUGAGGGUAGAGUAAAUGAGGACAGAUGGGUCACAGGGCAGAAGUGGGCAUCGUAAUCCCUCCAACCCUGCUACUGUCUUUCUGAGUACUUUGAAAAAGCCAUGGCAGUUAGCCAAGGGCACCAGAUGAUCAGCCAACAUGCCCGGGCUGUUGCUCUGGUAUCAUCUUUACCCACAAAGUUGUCUUUAGCAGCCCUGGCAUUAUCUUUAUAUCUUUAUGGGCAGAGACCACACUUUCCAGCUCCAGGUGAAGAGCUGAGCAUAUAGGAUCAAGCCGCCUGUGCAAGCUUCAUACAUGUCCACGGUGACCCUGCUGAAUGAAAAUGCAUUGCAUCUUUCUGUGAAUACUCUGUAAUGGACACACCUCAUAUAGCUGGAUCAGGGUCCACCCACUGAUGGACUGACUCGUCACAGCCUCGUCCUCACUCUGGAGCCGUCUACUGUCUCUUGUGAUCUGGAACAGCCCUUGAAGGUCCCAAGCAGAGAUGAGGGCAGUAGCUCUCUUAAAUGGAAGGGGGGGUGCUGCCUAUAUUUUUCUUUUUAAAAAAUUUAUUAUAUGUAAGUACA